GAGGCACUAGGAAAGGAGAGUCACACUCACACACUCACUCACACACACACACACACACACACUCACUGAUAGACACAGACGUGAGUAAAGCGGUGUGGAGCGUGUCAUUGCAGCAAGCUUUGGGAGCAGCAUACAGCACUGUGGAGCGACUUUACAGGAACAGAGCUACACAAUGCUUGUGUGAAGAGCUGCACUGCGUCUGCGUGUGCGCGCGAGAGUGUGUAUGUGUAACUCUUCACUACUUUUGUGUAAGUGUGUAAAUCGUUAAAGCUGAGUGAAGCGGAGCGCCAUGCAGUGCCAAGCCGAGUUCCGGCUCGCCCAACCCGCGCAGCUCAAAGCGGCCCGGCGGCGUUACAAGACCUUCAUGAUCGACGAGAUUCUGGCCAAGGAGACAUGCGAUUACUUAGAGAAGCUCUCUCUGUACUCCGUGUGUCCAUCGCUGGUGGUCCGACCCAAAGCCCUGCACUCCUGCUCCGGGCCGUCAUCACUCAGCACAUACCCCUUGCUGUCUGUCAUCACCCGUCAGCCCCCCAGCGGCCUGCCACACAUUCCCCAGCCCUCACCCCCUGGUCGGGUCACCCACCUGCCCAUCAUGUCGCCCCAGCAUGCACUACCAGGAGAGCCGGUGCCUAGUGAGACGCCCGUCAGCAUCAGCAGCGAGUCAGAGACGGAGCACAGUGCCCCCCGGCUGAAGAAGCCACGUCGCAGUCGCACCAUCUUCACCGAGCUGCAGCUCAUGGGUCUGGAGAAGAAAUUUCAGAAGCAGAAGUACCUCUCCACUCCUGACAGAUUGGACCUGGCUCAGUCCCUUGGUCUCACCCAGCUCCAGGUCAAGACUUGGUACCAAAACAGACGCAUGAAAUGGAAGAAAAUGGUGCUAAAAGGAGGGCAUCAGGCACCUACAAAGCCUAAAGGCAGACCCAAGAAGAACUCCAUCCCCACCACGGAAGAGAUCGAGGCAGAGGAACGACGGCUCGCCCAACUGGCUGAUGAAGAGGAGAGGCUGAGAGGGGAAGUUCAAGCUGAGGUCCAGGAGCAAUUCAAAACACAGGGAGAAGUGUUUGAAUCACAACCACAAGACCUGAGCACAAGCAGGAGUGAGAUUCUCCAUUCUCUGAAUCUGGAGGCCUCAGAUGGAGAACAGCUUCCCCACUUAACACCACAGAGCUAAAUUAGCAUCUGUACCGUGCCAAAGACUGAGAGCACCGAAUAGUACUUAAAGGUUCCGAUCGCUAUAGCGCCAAAGACACGAAAAGACGUUGGGUCUCGUUUAAGGAGCAGUGCUUCACUCUGUAAUGUUGCUUUACAUACUACUUUGGCUCCUUUUUCAGUAUUUUACGAUCCCCCACGUGUAGCCAAAUGCACUUCAGCAAAAUUCUCCUAACGCUCUACCAAGCGGACAAACAGUAAGUGUUUAUGUUUUAUUUUUCCUGAGCGAAUUGCUCUCCUACACCAUAAUGGCUGCCUGCUUUAUUGCCUCUGUUGAAUUGGUGUCGUCUGUGUACAGCCGUGUCUCUGUUCUCUGCCAAAGAUCAUAUAUCUGAAAUAGUGAAAUACCCUUAGAGGUAUUAGUGCCUUUUUAUUGUCACAUUCAAACGCAUUUUUCCAUUAAAUGCCAAAUAUGAAUGAACACAUGUACACUUGUACAGGAGGUUAUUUUUUAUAUGAUUAUAUAUGACUUUGUAGGGAUUUUUGAGGGGUCAAAAAUAAACAAAUAAUAAAAUGUGUUAUUAUUAUUAUUAUUAUUAUUAUUAUUAUUAUUAUUCUCCAUCAAAGCAGAUUUUUCUAUUAGAAAGCUGAAAUCUGUUCAGAUUGAAAAGCUUUAUGUAAU